AUGACCUCCAGCAAAGACGCGAAGGCGGGUUCCGUGCUGCAGUCCAGCGGGGAGGAGAGGAGGCGCGCUCCGCUGGACCAGCUGCCGCCGCCCGCCAACUCCAACAAGCCGCUCACGCCCUUCAGCAUCGAGGAUAUCCUCAACAAGCCCUCCGUCAAGAAGUCUGCGGCCAGUAUCUGUCCUCCCCGGGCGCUGGAGAAGGUGACGGGCUCCGGCGCGGCCAGGAACGGGAUCAGCACGCCGUCGUCGCCGCUGUGCGCGCUGGAGGAGCUGGCCAGCAAAACCUUCAAGGGUCUGGAAGUCAGCGUGAUCCAGGCCGCGGAAGGGCGCGAGCACAUCAACGCCUUCGGCCAGAGGCAGACGUCCAAGAAGAGGAGGAAGUCGCGCACGGCCUUCACGAACCACCAGAUCUACGAGCUGGAGAAGCGCUUCCUGUACCAGAAGUACCUGUCCCCCGCGGACCGGGACCAGAUCGCGCAGCAGCUGGGACUGUCCAACGCGCAGGUCAUCACCUGGUUCCAGAACCGCAGGGCCAAGCUGAAGCGCGACCUGGAGGAGAUGAAGGCGGACGUGGAGUCGCUGAAGAAGAUCACGCCGCAGACGCUGCAGAAGCUGGUCAGCAUGGAGAACGUGGAGGAGGCGCAGGCCGGCGCGCGCUCCCCCAGCAUCUCCCCCACCUCCCCGGGACACAGAGCCUUCCCACAGUCCCCCUCUUCCUCCAGAGACCAGACCACGGACGAGUUCUCGGAGGACGAUGAGGAGAUCGAGGUGGACGACUGA